AUGUCAGAAGACCAAUCAACAGCGCUAGAAUGUGGAGUCUGCGAAGACCAUUUCUCAGUCGAAGGAGAGAAAAUCCCGCGUCUCCUUCAGUGUGGUCACACACUCUGUCAGAGUUGCCUCUUCCGUCUUCCCGUAGCUCGAGGGAACAAACUCUGUUGUCCAUUCGACAGACAAAUAACGGAAGUAGGAGCCAACGGAGUGUCGGCUCUACCCAAGAACUAUGCUCUACUCGAGUUGCUUGAGAGAUACGAGAGUGAGAGAAAGAGGAAGGGAAAUGAGGGAAGAGAUGGUCAUGUGUUGAUGACCCGGAUGUUACCACUUGUUCCAUGUGAUGAGGACCCGUCUCACUCUGCUAGUUUGUAUUGUCUGACGUGUGGGACCAACCUGUGCGAGUCGUGUUCGACUUCGACUCACGCGGGUCGGACAUUGACGAAGCACCGACGAGUCUCGAUCCACGACAAGCCUCGUCAGCAUCCCAAGUGUCCCGAGCAUCCGUCUCAUCCGACCGAGUUCGUAUGCCUCGAGUCGCAGUGUUUGUGUUGUCUCAUGUGCAUUGUGUGUAAAGACUAUGGUAAACAUACGGGACAUCGACAUAAUUUAGUGACGUCAGAAGCCGAGAAGACAAAAACAUUAUUACUCAGUUCACUGCAAAAGGUUCACGCUUUGAGUCAAGACGUACAGGCAGCGAACGAGCAUAUAGCGAAGGUCAUACGUGAAAUCCAGGGUCCAAUCACUGGUAAUGCAAACGAGCAACAAACCCGAGGAACAGCUGAAGAGGCAUCUCAACGUGUUCGAGAUCAUUUCACUCAGAUGCGAGACGUUCUAGCGAAGCAAGAGGAGGCUGGUUUGCAGCUAGUCAGUCAGUACGUUGACGACCGACUUCAAUCGUUUCGCGAACAUCUUGAUAAAUUGACUGCGUUGGAUGCACAAGUUGCCAAAGUGUCCACCGAAUGUCACCAGACUCUUUUGAGUGACGAUAUCAGAAUUGUUCAGACGAAGUUCGAGGUUCUUGCUUUAGUGGAGAAUAUUGUUCAGCAGCAGGAGCAUCACAGCCGUCUGAUUUCUGAAGUGAAAUGUGCGGAGUCUGAGAUUCCGGUUGCGUUUGCACAAGACAAUGCGGUUCAUAUUGGAAUUAAUGUGGAAAUGAGGGUUCUUGUUCUUGGGCUGGAUAAUGCAGGCAAGACGGCCGUUCUAUUUAAGUUAAAGCAAAACGAGUUUAUACCGACUAUACCUACAAUAGGAUUUAACGUUGAAACAUUGGAACACGGCCAUUCUAAACUGACGCUUUGGGACGUCGGAGGGAUGGAAAAGAUUAGACCGUUGUGGAGACAUUAUUAUCAUAACACACAAGCUGUUAUGUAUGUAGUUGAUGCGGAAGACAGUGACCGGUUUUCUGAGGUGAACGAAGAGCUAAGCAAACUGAUGGGGGAACCUCAACUGAAAGAAACGGGGAUUCUUGUUUUGGCCAACAAACAGGAUGUUCCAGGAGCCUUACAUUGUGAUGUGGUGUCCGAGUCGUUGGCACUUCACAAAGUCUGCUGUGGACGCACGUGGAAUAUUAUUGGCUCAUCUGCUAGAACUGGUGAGGGUCUGAGCGAGGCACUGCAGUGGCUGUCUACUCAUUCGGUCAGAUUUCUUUUGGAAAGCGAGACAAUUGAAGCCACUAGCUCUUCAUGAAAACAACAAAAGUUACAGUUAGACGAGCAAAUGCAGCCUGCAGUGUUUGGCAAAGAAGUGCAUGCAUGUACUACAGAGUUUAGAAUGAAGGAAGAAUGAUGCUGACAUAACUGACUGAAUUUGAAAAUAACUAGACAAUAGCAUAGCAGCAUUGGUGUCACAUCUGUUAUAAUUAGUAGUGCGCAGGGGUUUCCCCAGGAAUUAAUAACAGCGCGGCAUUUUAUUAAUAUUAAUUAGCCACCGAGAUCUUAUCUUAAACAGAAGAAGUAACUUUAAUUAAUUAAUGAUUGUCA